CCCACGUUCCUAGUUUCUAGCAAGAUGAGGAAGUUUCUCAUACUGUCCUGUCUGAUCGCUGCUGCUCACGCGGCAGGGAUGUGUGAAUGUGGCGCCUUUGUGUCACUGCCGGACAGCGAGCUGGAGGUGAUGGCUUUCCCAAGCCAUGAGAUGGAACACUGCAAUGAUGUCAUAUGGUGCCUUGAUUACUGCAAAUUCGAGUGGGAAGUACUGACCCUUGACGGAGACUUGUGCCUCCAUACAGCUAAUAGUACAGUGGCCCAGGUUAUGUGUGACAACCUCUCAGACAAGAAUAUAAGCAACCUCGAACCUCGCUUGGUUCACCUUUUCGCUCGUAUGUGUAAUGGCCCAUGGGGCUUUGACAGCCAGACCAGCAAGCAGAAGUUGGAAUGCAAAAAUGGCAAGGCAAUAGUACGCUGUGAGUGACGUGAAGUGCCAACUUUAGACUCAGUAACUGAAUUAUCUACGUACACUUAAAACAAAGCACUCCCAAAGUGCUAAAAACUUUAUAUAUAUAUA